AUGGGCGCCUCGGCCUCCACGCCGCGUCGACCCUAUCGUUCCUUCGACGCCAGCGAGUUUACCGUCGCGUGGCUCACGUUUAAGGGAGAUGCCGUUGAAGACAAGGAGCAGCACUAUGUGGCUAAAAAGGAGGGCCUCGUGUCGUCAAAGUUACUGCGCGGACUCUUUGGAGAUAUUACAAUGCAGUGCUUCGAAGAUGUUAUGGGAGACACGAUUUCGAAGGAGUCGUUCGUCUGCAUCUUGGCUCUAUUCUACGAGGGCAACACGGAAGACCGUAUCAGCUACAUUUUCACCAUGUACAACAUUGUCAGUACUGGAGAGAAUAAUGGCGAAGGCUUUGUUGUGGAAAAAGACUAUCUGUACUUGCUCGAUUACCUGGAAGGGUACGCGGUGCUACCCAAGCAGCUCUACGCUGUGUUUGAAGAGUGUAACAUCCCGAUGGCAGGAAAGCUGUCGUGUUCGCAGUUUGUGACGUGGGCGCGCCAAUAUGCAGACGUUGUGGAGUUUCUUGCAGUUCAUCUCCCACCAUCCACGUCCACAGCAAAUCCACCAGCAUCUGCUCGCAGCACCGAAGAGUCGAUGUCAAACUCGGACCACUCGAUCGGCAGCCCAUCAUGCCGAGAGGAGCCGAACAAGAACGUGCUCAAUAGUUCAUUUGACUUUGUCGGUGGUGGAGACAGCGGUGACGAAGACUCGGACGGACUCGACGACUCUGACCACCUCACAGAGAUGGAGAUGUCUCAGAGCUCAUUCCACGAUAGCACCUCUUUGAUGAACAGCAAUGACGAGCUUACAAGCAUUCUGAAAGAGACUGGUGCCGUGGUUCAGGAUGGCAACGGUACACGCGCGAGUGAUGCAAGUAGUCCAGAACAACAACGCAUGGAUGCGACGUCGUUGCCUGCUCAGGAUUCCGCUCACCCGCCUGUAGAGUCUGCUACACAGUCAAGGCGAGGUCGGCGUCGCCCCGGCAUCCCACGCUCGCAUGGCGUCCAGAAGAUGGGGAGGUACAUGGGCAAAGCCGUUGGUGGUGGCAUAUCCAAAGUUGGCCACGUCGGCCGCAGUAUCUUACAUGUCGGCAAGUCGCAGGGCGCUAAUCAACAGCAGGGCUGUGACCAGCCAAACGAUGAGUCAGCAACGACUGUACCCACUGGCCAUUCGUUCUCGUCCGAGUCUCAAAGCACGAACAAGUACGUGUGUGGCUACCUGCACAAGAUCAGUGACAGCAAGUGGGGCAAGAAGAGGUCUUGGCACCGAAGAUGGUUCGUGCUCGAUCGGCGACGCAGAGUGCUCUCAUACUACCGACACAAUCCUGCCAACCAUAUGCCAUUGUCAGUGUCCCAUGGCAACAUCGUGCGCAUGUCGGACGCGGCAGUUGCCUCAAGUGACCAAACUUCGGAGACGACACGGCAGUCAUCUACCGGGUCAACAACCGCUUCGCUCGCUCCAAGCAGUAGAACCGACGAUGAUGAUGAUACGAAUCAGGACAACUCGAAGGCGUUGGGCGGAUCGACUGCAAGAGAAGCAGAGCCGCCCAGCCGAAACCCCGACACGAUUCUGAAGGAGCAAGAGGUCAACUCGGGGAACCAGCAAGCACAGGACCGGAUCCAGGAGCAGCCAUCGCCCCAGUCACAAAACAUGCUGUAUAUGGACGAGACGCAUCCAUGGUAUCGUGGUGCCUUGGACUUGAACGCCGAGAGCGUGUCACUGCUCUUUGAAAAGACAAUGGCUCGCAACGCACCGACACGCUAUUUCUUUCAGGUGUCAACACUGUCGUUGCACGAUAUCGACACGAAACGCGGUGUCCAGUACAAGCUAUGCGCCGACACAGAGUCCGACUUUGAUAUCUGGACAUCUGCGAUCGCUGAGGCCGUCAAUGGGAAGGACACUGCAGUGGACAAAGCUAGCGAAGAUGCACCGUUGCUCUCGCACCAGCAGCUGUACCGGCAGCGUCUCCUUCUGAAGCAAAUGGAAACCGAUGCGGUGCAAACUCGUGACUGCGAAGCUGAUCUGGAUGAAGCGGGUGAUACGGCUUGCGCCUCGCCACUUGCAGUGUGCACAGAGCUUCUGCUCAACGGUCAUGACUCAGCGGAUCGACCAGGUCCUCGCGCGCAAGAGACUGCUGCGUCCUCGCCGCUUCUCAAGCGGAAGGUGCCGCCUCGCAUCGUCACGCAGUUUCCUGCUGAGCUCGAGCACAGCGUGCGCAACGCUUCGUGCUGGCACUUGCACCUGCACGUGGAUGGCACCAAGCAGUGCCUCAUCGUGGGCUUCAUGCUGAACAUUGUGGCAAUCCGCUGUCUCGCGAGCGAGCACGUGCUGUGGAAAGUGGCGGUCUGCAUUGCGGUCACAGGCGUCUUCGUGCUCAGCGUGUACAAUCCACGGCCACUGCUUCAUCGUCCGCGCCAUGGCAGUAUGCGGACCAGUGGGCAGUCAACCAGUAGUCCCGAUCAGGCGCUCCUUGAUACGGACGUCGCACAGUGCAGUGAUCCGGUGCACUGCUGCAUCCACAAAGCGAAUCGUGCAGCCGGUGCAGCUCAACAAGACGGCGAUGGCGGCUGCGUAAGUAGAUCCGACAAUGAGGUGCACCACCAUCGGCGUUCCAGUCGCACGGGCAGUCGAGGAGGUCCGGCAAAGCUUGCAAUGGGCAGUACGCUGUCUCAAUGCGAGACGCAGCAAGCACAGGUCGAGCACUCGUGCACGGCAGCCAGAGCUGAGACCUUUGCCGUACGGAGCGCCAACUAUAAGAAGUCGCGCAAGAAAGAGCCUUCAAAGCCAGCGCUGUUUGAGUUCAUUGGAGCUGACUUGGUGCGGACGGACUGCAAGCUCGAUCGGGUCUCCCAGCGCGUGAACUUUCCCCCGCAGUAUGCUACGAGUCGGCUCUUUAUCCUCAACGCUCAGCUUCCAUCGUACGGGCCGAGUUUGUGGGGAGACGGCACGUACGACGGGCCAGGGUACAGCUUGGCGCUGUACUGGAAGAUGCCAGACGACGUUGUCGAGGAGCUACAGAAGCCGACGACGACGACUUUGAAGCUGCUCAAACGCUUCUUGGAGGCUGGCCCGGACACAUCGGUGACCGACCGGUUCAAGAUCAUUGCACAAGUGGCAAACCAGGACGAGUGCGGCAUCACCGGCGUGGGCAAGAGGCUCCUGGUGAGCCAUAACGCUACACCCGUGCUGACGCGGCCCCAGCACCGCAUCUACCACUUUCGAGACGGCAAGACUGAGGUCGUUGUGGACAUGCACGCCUUCUCGUACAUGGCACGGCAAGGGAUCUACUCGCUACUGGACAAGACGUCGCGGUUGGUGAUCGACUUGGCCUUUGUGCUUCAGGGGGAAACCGACGACGAGUUGCCCGAGCAAGUGCUCGGCUGCUGUCGUCUGGACCACGUCAGUGUGCAAGAAGCAGCCGAACUGCCGUGCUGA